AUGGAUGCCGAACACGAGUGCUCCCCCACCGGGAGGGCUGGCCAUAGGACUAGCAGAGGGGGUCUACAUGGCAAUGCCUGGGCAGACAUGACAGAUGAGGCCAAGACAACUAUUUUGCACCUCCGUGAAAGUUUAGUUCGGCAGAAGGAGACCAUCCUGGACCAGCGGGAGACCAUACGGGAGCUCACCGCCAAGCUUGCCCUCUGUGAGGGCUUCGGGAGGGGUGUGGGAGGCCACGAAGAGCACCAAAGUGCCCGACACCCACAUUUGCACCACUCCUACCCCAAGAAGGGCCACUACAUGGACACCCACCACUCCGUGGGAGGGCGCCAUUCAGACCCCCAUAGCAGAGGGAGUACGAGUACAGGAGACAAGCAUCCCAGAGCAACUCCCCCAGAUCACAUAGAGAGGACACUGCGGGCGCUGAAGGAACGCCUAGAGAGCUUGCAGGCCAGGAACACCACGAGUUCCUACUCCAGCUCCCUCAGGGACCUCCUGCAACGCAGGAUACUUGCUCUGGAGCACCAGAUGAAUGCUUAUCAUGCUUCUUCUCAUGGCACUAGGAGCCAUCAUGACCACAACAGUCAUCACAGUAGCUACCACGAACGCGGUGAUCACGAUGACCAUCACCAAAACAAACAUGUGGAAUUUGGCCAUCAUGACAACCACCAUAGUGAACACUAUAACAGCCACUUCAAGCACCACAAAAACCAUCAUGACCACAUCCUUCACCGUGAGGAGCACCAUGUAAAGAGUCAGAAAGGCCGGACACCAAAACAUGGGCACCAGCCUGCUGCCCAUGGAUCGCACGCCAAGCUGGACACCGUGCUGAGCCACCUGCAUCCCAGAAACCCAGACACUGGUUCCCACCAGAAGCCAAGAAGUCCAGAGGCUUUUCAGAUAGGCUUCCCCAUGCAAACCAACUACAUGCACGCGCGGGUCAAACGCACCAUCCCCAGCGAGAUGUUUGCCUUCACACUCUGCUUGUGGCUCAAAGGGGGAGCGGGGCCAGGUCUGGGUACUCCGCUCUCUUACUCUGUUCCCACCGAGGCUAAUGAACUGGUUUUGAUGGAAUGGGGGAACAACCCGAUGGAGCUACUGGUUAAUGACAAGGCUGUAACGCUACCCAUUUCACUCACUGGGGGGACAUGGCACCAUGUGUGUGUCACGUGGUCAGCGCGUGAUGGGCUGUGGGAGGCCUUCUUGGACGGGAUGCCAAAGGGGUCUGGAGAGGACCUGUCUGCCUGGCACACCAUCAAACCCGGAGGGGUUUUCAUUCUGGGACAGGAGCAGGACACGAUGGGGGGGCGCUUCGACGCAACGCAGGCCUUCGUGGGGGAGAUGUCCGACGUCCAGCUUUGGUCGCACGUGCUCACAACUCGCGAGAUCUACAACCUGGCAACCUGCAGAAAUCAUGUGACUGGUGACAUCAUCAGCUGGACUGAGACGGCUGUUGAACUCCACGGUGGGGUCACCAAGUACCCAUUUGACCCCUGCUACUGAAGAGCAGUAGAGCAGAGAGGGACAUACAAGGUGCUGGACAGACAGACUUGGUGGAGACUCAACGUUUUUGACAUAAGGACUCGUUUUCUUGGAGUAAAAUACGGUAGCCCUUGCACUUAAAAAUGCCUUCCUUAGAAAUAGCUUGGAAACCGUGCCCCAACUAUGACACCAAGACCUGAUCACAUCAAUACACGGUAAAUAAAGACGAACAGACCAGGUAUGCUUCCUCUUUCCACCAACAAACAGGCCUGGAUAUCCUAACGGGGACUUUUCGGUUACGAAUAUCCAUGAACGCAACCUUGGGCAGAGGCAUCCGCUAAAUAAAGAGCAAUAUGCAAAAUGAUGCUGAAAUAAUGUUCUACUGUACCUGCUGGUUCCCAGUGAGAUACUUGUAUGAU